CCAGGUGCAUUGCGCAGGGCUAUGGACCCUUGUGUGCGUAGUGAACGUGGCUGACGUUGUUGGCUUGACGUUUGCGUCUCUGCUGGAAACCUGUUCGCAUAGGUUUGAAGACGUAGGUAUAUAACUCUCGCAGUCAUAAGCAGCAGAAGCAGUAUUCCAUCCAAACCCACACAGGCAAACACCUCCAAACAGCCUUUCACACUCACAUACGCCUCAUCAUUCUCACACAGGGUUGACGCCAUUGAGCAACAGCCGCAAUGAUCUUCUCACGCCUCCUCUCUAUUAUCCUGCGCGUCGCUCAAUUUGUCUUCGCAACAGUAGUCCUCGGCCUUACAGCAUACUUCAUGUACGCGCGCGAACGUCGGGGAGUGGGCCCCUUCGGACGCACCAUUUUCGCCAUUGUGUGGUCUUCACUCUCCAUCAUAGUUUCCAUCGUCUGGAUUAUCCCCACCAAGUCGUCGAUGGCAUCGUAUGGCUCUGAUUUGCUCUUCACAGCAGGUUGGGCCGCCGUAUUCGCUGUGCUAGUCAUAUGGUUCAACGGCGCUGGAUGUGGAAGCGCGUGGGCGUGGAGCGGCCUCAGCUUGAGUCGCAGCAACUAUUGCGGUCAGUGGAAGGCGGCGCAGGCGUUCUCCUUCUUGAGCUUGGUUGUCUGGUUUACGACCUUCGUGCUCGGUGUCAUUACUUACCACCGAAUCAAUGAAGGCACUAGACAGGGCUGGGGUCGUCGCUCGCGUGUCUAGACAUAGAGUAAAGUGAGAAUUGGGGAGUCGAUGUUUGUGCCAGGCUGUUUGGAGUCUUGCGUGCUCGCCUGACUUCCAAGUAUGGUCCCUGGGUCUCGUUGGUUGAUUUGAGUUCGCUUUACGAAGUCAACGAUAUCUGUUCAGCGAUGGACCGUCACACGAGUGAUUUCUCGAGAUUAUGACACCUAAUGUUUUGUAUACCAAUGAGGCAAGCUUGCAUUAAGAUUUCACUACUAUUUGUAUGCAAAAGGUGAUG